AUGUCAACAAGUUAUAAAGGCGUCUCUAUAAACGAUGAUCAAGUGAAGCGUCCCAAUUUGCAACUAAACCCAAUGGUCAAGAGUCCAUUAAGAAGCCAAUUCAAUAGCAUGGUUUUUAAACGUCACAAGCAAGAGUCAAUCGGGAAAAUUAUAAUACGCACUAAAGGUAUCAACGUGUUUGGACAACGUGCAAAGGGGAAAAACAGAGUUUCUAUGAUCGUAAAGAGGAAAAGACUGAAGCUAUUAAAAUGUCUUUCCAGCAAACAUCGUUCCAAUUGGAAACGAGAAGAAAUGGUUCGUAAGUGGAAAGCGUACUCGAUAAAGAAAAGGAUCCAGCGAAACUCUCGUGUGCAGGUACAAUACCAGCGGGAGCCCCACGAUACGGGAAAAGUAAAGCUAGGUUUUGUGGACUUAACAAGCGACAAUUGCUUGCUUUACAAGAAGUGGACAUCUGACAUAGUCGCCGACACAUUCCCAAGUCGAGAAGGUGUCAUUAACGUAGCGGAUCCGAUAACUGAGAGCAUCCCAGAACGGCCGGCUAGAAAACCAAUUAUUUUACCAACUGACGGGGCCAUCCUUCACCAUGGAGACGAUGCGUCGUCGGUCAAAGACAACCGAGCGACGCACGGCGGGAGAAUGUUCCGGACAGCUCGCGUUAGGUUUAAAGCAUAG